CUGCCUUUAGGAAAUUUCAAACACGGAAGUUUUCUGGGACUCACACGACUUUACCCUGCGCUGCACCUAUGUUGCGUCUGGUAGAUAAGCACUAUUGUUCUGGUUUCUUUAAGAAAGCCGCGAACUGAAACGAAACUAACUCUGUCCGGGCAGUGAGCUUUGACAACUCUUUUGGACCUCAGGGAACGCGGGUCAAGCGGGAGUACGGUCAAAUGGCAUCCGCCGGACCGAUGAUUCCGAGCAGCCCGGCGGAGGGAGCGGCACUCCGGGACAGCCUGUCUGUCCACGGCAGCACAGAGAAGCUGAAUCCCUCCGCUGUCAACCGCAUCCUUAUGGAGUUCCUAAUGUACUUUGGCAGGGCCUUUAUUGUCUUCUACCCGGUGUACCUGACCGGAUACAUGGGCCUCAGUAUUAGCUGGGUGCUGCUGUGCAUGGUGAUGGUCACCUGGUGGAAGAAAAAUCGCCAGUGGAAAGACUCCCGGAUCGGAACCGCCAUCGACUUUGUGGAUAAUGAAAAACAAGUUGUCAACAAGGAGCUUCAAAGCGCCUUACAAAUGGCAUCAUGGGUCCACUUUCCUGAUGUGGAGAAAGUGAACUGGCUAAACAAGGUGUUGGAGCAGGCCUGGCCUUUCUUUGGGAUGUACAUGGAGAAACUGCUCAAAGAAAACAUCCAGCCGGCUGUCAGGCUCUCCAGCACUGCACUUAAAGUGUUUACGUUCACAAAGAUCCACUUUGGACACAUACCUCUCAGGAUCACUGGAAUGAAAGCAUACACGGAUGAAGUGGAUCAGAGGGAGGUUGUCCUGGACAUGGACAUAUGUUAUGACGGGGACGUGGACAUUGAUGUCGAUGUGAACCCGCCAAUCACAGCUGGUGUCAAAGGACUAAAACUCAAAGGAAUGAUGAGGGUCAUUUUAGAGCCUCUGAUUGGACAAGCUCCACUGGUCGGAGGAGUCACCUUUUUCUUCAUCCAACGCCCUACUCUGGAGAUCAACUGGACCGGCAUGACCAACCUUCUGGACAGCCCUGCCUUCAGUUCAUUGUCUGAGGGGACCAUUAUGGACAUCAUCUCCUCCCUGAUGGUGUUGCCCAACCGCAUGUGCAUUCCCCUCGUAGAACAGGUCAAAGUGGACCAGAUGAGGUUCCCACUUCCUCGUGGGGUGGUCCGAGUCCACUUGCUAGGGGCCAGAGACCUUGUGGCUAAAGACACUUACAUGAUGGGUUUAGUGAAAGGCAAAUCAGACCCCUACGCGACUGUCCGAGUUGGAAACAUUCACUUCAAAAGCAAGACAGUGAAAGAGAAUCUGCACCCGACGUGGAAUGAAGUGCAUGAGUUUGUCGUCCAUGAGGCUCCAGGCCAAGAGUUGGAGGUGGACCUGUUUGAUGAAGACACAGAUAAAGAUGACUUCAUUGGAAAGUAUCAUCUUGAUUUGGGAGAGGUAAAGAGGGAAAAAGAAAUGGAUCAGUGGUUUCCUCUGGAAGGGGUCCCGAAUGGAGAAGUUCACCUGAAGCUCCAGUGGUUUUCCCUACAGACUGAUCCCAACCUUGAGACAGAGUCUGCAGAUGGCUUUGCUUGUGCUAUGCUUGCAGUAUAUCUGGACAAUGCGUCAAACCUACCAAAAGACCACAAAGAGAUCGCAGAGCAUAAGAAACGUGGGAAGCACUCAAGCGAAGCUCGGCUAACAAAGAGAAAUGCCGGGCCCAACUCUUAUGUGGAAUUUUCCGUUGAUAAGGAUGUACAAAAAAGCAAGGUUGUGUUCGCUUCCAAAGACCCGGUGUGGGAGGAAGGCUUCACCUUCUUUGUGCAUAGCGUCAAAACACAGCAGCUCAGUCUUCAGAUAAAAGCGCAUGAGAAGAAGUCUGAGCUUGGUGUGCUUAACAUUCCCCUGAGUCGCCUCAUCAACACCUCCAACAUGACUCUGGACCAGCGUUUCCAGCUGGAGCGCUCUGGAGCAAACAGCCAGAUCAAACUGAAAGCCACUCUCAGGAUCCUUUCUUUGGAAAAACCUACCCCCAAGGUCAUCCUCAAUCCACCUCCACAUGUCAGACAACAAGGACCACAAACAAACCCAGGAGUUAAUGCCUCAGAAUCCACUGCCCCCUUCCCAGCGUCCUCCUCUCAAGCCUCACCUCCGUCCCAGCCGGCAGAUUUCCAGAACGGCUCAAAUGUGAACUAUUUAAAUCGCCGCCGUGGCUCCUUCGUGGCUUCUGAAACCCAUAAGUCACCUUCCUCCACGACAAACAUGCGCCGCUAUGACUCCCAUAGCCUGCUGUCGGAGAACUCCAUCUCUUCGUCUCGUUUUGAUCUUUCAGAUGGAGCGUCCUAUCCAGAGGCCAUCAGGAAACAUCAAGGUUCAUUUGGGGAAAUCAGUGUGAGUGUACGCUAUGCCACUCUGAGGAAAAAACUCAUCAUCCUGGUAAACUCCUGCAGGAACUUAUUCCCCUGCAGUGAGAAUGGCACAGACUCUUAUGUCCGUCUGUAUUUGCUCCCUGACCAAACCUGGAGACAUCGCAAGAAGACACAUGUGAUGAAGAGGACAAUCAAUCCUGUCUUCAAUGACAAGUUUGAGUUUGAUGUGUCACUUGAAGAAGCAAAAACCAGGAAGCUGGACGUGUCCGUGAAAAAUAACAAGAUGUUAUUUUCACGCGAGAGAAAGGACAUUGGCAUGGUGUUGAUAGAUUUGGAACAGAUGAAUCUCGUCAACGGCGACACACAAUGGUAUGAGCUCACACUGCCCGGGCUGAAGAAAACCAGCUAGUGGAGAGAUCAGUAAAACGUCUGUUACAGCUUACAGAGCAGCUCGUCGACCUCUGCGGGGAGAAAUGCUGGCCUGAUAAAUGCUUGGAGUUGCAUUUUCAUUUUUUAUUUCUUAUCAUGGCCAACCAGAGAUGCGAUUUCCAAAAGAAACUUGAAGCCCCUUCCCGGAUACUGUACAUGUUUAGAGCUUAACUGUAUGUUGAUGAAUGUAUGAUAACAGGCAUUUGCAGUAAUAUUCUUAAUAACAGCCCUGCUUAAAGUCUGAGAGUGUGUUAAAGUGUAUCUUGUCCCACAAAUAUUAUUAGAUUAUCUUAAACAGACAAACAGCUUCAAAUUUUUAAACCUUUUAUUUUCCAAUUAAUUGUAGCUUGUUCAAGUUGAAAAGCAGAGGCCAACUUUUAUUGACUUGCAGUUCGCCACAUCUUUCUUUUUUGCUUUAGGGAAUAUCAUUUGUCAGAAAGUGAUUGCGGUAUAUUUUGCUCUAAAGAGAAACAAGUUUGAUGCACUUAUAUUGGAUUUUAUUUUUUGUGAGAGUGUUUUAUUGGAGUUUAUGUGAGUGAUAGUAAUCGUUUUGUAUUUUCAUGUAAAUAGCUGUAUGAAUAGUUUUUAUUUAAUAUAAGAAGGCAAAGACUCAUGGCAAGAAGAGGCCAACUGUUUUACAUUGGAAGCUGAGCAGCUCGACUCCAGCAGAUAAUUCAAUACAGGUGAAUAUGCAGGAAAAGCAAUGCAUACAGAAUAAGAUUUAGCUCUUUACUUUGGGGCGCAUUGAUCAUAGUAAACGGAGUGCAGGUUACAUGUUUUGAAGCAAACCUUCUCAGAUGUAUCAGCUGUUCAUUCAUAUUAAAAAUACUCACACUCCUGUGA